GAUCAAAUGAACAACUAUUGAAAAAGAUAGAAAGUUCAGCUUUCGCCCUUUGUUUAGAUGACACUUCUCCCGUUACACGUGAUGAGAUUAGUCAUGCUUGCUGGGUUGGAGAUGGUCGUAACCGCUAUUUUGACAAGUCUUUACAAUUUAUAGUUUUUGAUAAUGGAAGAGCAGGAUUCAGCGGUGAGCAUUCUUCUAUGGAUGGGACACCAACGUGCAGAUUAAAUGAUUUUGUUUGUGACGUAAUUGCCAAGAACAAAAUUAAUCAUGGUUAUCCUAAUGUUCGUUCUAAUCUAUCUGAACCUGAGCAACUUCAUUUUACUUUGAACAAUGAUGUUCUUAAUGCUAUCGCAAAAGCUGAAAGUAACUUUGAUUCCCUUGUUGCAAAACAUGAUUUACGAGUAUUAGCUUACCAAGGAUAUGGUAAAAACGGUAUCAAGAAAUUAGGAUUCUCACCAGAUGCAUAUGUACAAAUGAUUAUUCAAUUGGCAUAUUACAAGAUGUACGGGGUUAGUAGAUCAACAUAUGAAAGUGCUCAGACCAGAAAAUUUGCUCAUGGCAGAACUGAAGUUUGUAGAUCUACAUCAGUUGACUCUGUUAAUUGGGUAAAAGCUAUGGAAGAUCCAAAAGUUCCAUUAGAAGUCAAGGCAGACUUGGGUCGUAAGGCGAUACAGUCACACGUAAAAUACAUGUCCGAAGCUGUCGAAGGACGUGGUUGUGACAGACAUUUAUUCGGUCUUCGUAUGUCUCUAAGACCAGGAGAGGAAAAACCAGUAAUAUUUACUGAUCCUACAUACAUUAAGUCAACGCAUUGGUCUCUAUCAACCUCUCAACUUUCAUCAGAAUAUUUUGCCGGAUAUGGAUGGGGAGAAGUAGUUCCUGAUGGAUAUGGCAUUGCAUAUCAGAUUAAUGCCAAUGUGAUAAGCUUUAAUAUUGUUUCAAUGCAUUUGAACAAUGAACGAAUGAGUCAUUAUCUUAGAGAGGCAGCAGAUGAGAUGAGAGAGCUAUUUGAACAUACACAGGCAAAGGAAGGCCGUGUUCCAGCAAAAUUAUAA